ACUUGAUCCACUGCACCAAUGAGAUGAACGUGAACAUCCCUCAGCUGGCAGACACGUUGUUUGAGCGUACGGCCAGCACCAGUUGGGUGGUGGUCUUCAAGUGUCUCACCACCACACACCACACCAUGGUCUACGGUAACGAGGUGAGCGAAACCUUUCUGCAACUCCACUGUGUAGGCUGAAGCUGCCCCUACUCUGAUAUAGGGCCAUUAACACUAAUGGUUAAGGUUAGGACUGGGGGAGAAGAAUCUGAUCUUGUACCUGGGGAUUUUUUUCAACCCGGAGCUCUGCAACUCAACACUUCCAGCAGAGCCAUAUGUAGAAUGGAUCUGACGCCUUGGUGAUCAGAGAGGCAUGUCAUGCAAGACACAGACUCUGAAUUCCAAUCAACCCCUAUCUUGCCAUACUUACUGUAAUUGUACCAUUGUAACAUGCUCUACUCCUGGUGAUACCUAUCUCUCUUAAUUAUGAUGUCAUGAAAUAUUUUACGUAUAAAAAAUAACUAAAAUCAGUGUCAGAAGUGACACUAAUAGUGUGGUGUUAAGGUAUUUUGAAAUCCUUUUAAAACUAGUGGUUUGAAAAGUGUCAGCAAUAUCCAGUCCACAGAAUUGUGUAAUUUUAUCACACUUCUUCUUUUGAGAAGGCUCUCUUAUGUAACAUUGCUAUGCAUUUUCAAAAGCGGUUAUGUCUUGUAUUGCUGUUGGUGAAUGCAAAAGAUUGACUAUCUAUGAAGGUUUGUACACAUGUUUCUGUGUUGCAGAGAUUUAUUCAGUACAUGGCUUCAAGGAAUACGCUUUUCAACCUCAGUAACUUUUUGGACAAAAGUGGCCUACAAGGUGAGUAACGUCAGCUCUGCACAAACUUUGCUGUAGCACUCUGUAUUUUAUCACGGGUUCAGUAUCGUCUUAACUGUAUGAGGUGAAAUGCGGCAGUAUCUUAAAGAUGCUACACAUUUGAAUUUUUGCAUUGUAAUUUCUGAAAAUGUCCAUAAUAUAUCUGCUGCUAAUAGUAGAAUGCUAGUGUUUCACAGUAUUACUUACCCGCCAGUGUUGUGAUAUUUGCCUAUUGAUUUCUCCCACUGGAGCUGCAUCUGUUGUCAAACUGGGAAAGCUGUUCUGACUUUGGCUGUGUUAUCUAGUGAAAAUAUAGUUUUUACAGCUGUUUGAGUCUGGUGGACCAAAACCGAAAGUAACUUUUCGUUUUAGUCCACCAGCUUCAAACAGCUGUAAAAUGAUACUUGUUGUUAAUGGAAAGAUAUUUCACAGCGAUUUUAGAUGGUACAAUGAUUCCCUAAACUAUUCAGUGCUUGUUUUCUCACAUAAACUGAACUUGAGCGAACAGUGUAGAAUGACUGAGCGAUUCCCAGUAGAUAACGCAGCCACAAAGUCAGAACAGCUUUCCCAGUUUGACAACAGAUGCCGCUCCGGCGGGAGAAAUCGAUCACAGCCAAUCACAACACUGGCAGGUAAGUAAUAGUGUGAAACAAUAUCAUUCCACUAUUAGCGCCAGAUAUAUUAUGGACAGUUUCUGAAAUUACAAUGCAAAAAAUCUAUAAACAUCCUAUGUGUAGCACCUUUUUUAAGGCAUUCAGAUAUAAUGAGACCUGCAAAACAAAUGAGAGAUGCGGAGAACUGUUCUUUUAGACAGUUCUGCCCUUUUCCCCCUCGCUCUAUUCCCAAUGAAAUGGCAACAUGGCCGACUCAGCUCACAUCAAGCCCAGCAGAAUGUAUUUACUGAAGGUUGUUUCCCAUGUUAACAAGAUGCUUGGAAGCCCAGACCAGUGGGACUUUCAAGUGGGAGUAUAAUGGUAGAGUAAGCGCCCCUAAUCAUAACCCAUAUGCCUUUUGUCAAGUUGUGUUAAUUAUAAAUGAGGGUUAUAGGGAGCUGUCAGUUUGUUUAAGGAUGAUGGUACCGGUGCCCCCGCACAUUGACUCUGCACCGGUAUCCCCCUGUAUAUAUAGCCUCCCUACUGUUAUUUUAUUUUACUUCUGCUCUUUUUUUCUCAACACUUUUUUGUUGUUUUAUUUUACUUUUUUAUUAAAAAUAAAUGCAUUGUUGGUUAAGGGCUGUAAGUAAGCAUUUCACUGUAAUGUCUGCACCUGUUGUAUUCGGCGCAUGUGGCCAAUACAAUUUGAUUUGAUGACUGGAUUUAGGUUGGAGUAUAGCGCUCAUGACAGAAAUCCACUAGAUGGUGAGCUGUUGGCGACAGCCUGUUGGGCCUUUGCUUUAGGAGAAAUAUGGGACAGACUAUAUUUACGAUACAUACAGUAUUUAUGCUAGUUCAUGGUCAUUUCCAUAUCUUGUUGUAAGUAGUGUUGUCACAAUACUCAGUAUUGCAGUUGCGAAAAAAAUCAGAAAUCAGGAAACGGACUGAAUGUUCAAUAGCUUGGAAAAUAAACGUGACAGCCUUAUGAGUCCCAUUUGUUUAUUUUUCAAGCUUUUGCACACACUAUUUCACAUAAAACAGGUUUUCCUCAAUAAAGGGCCAUACAAUUCAGUCAGUUUUCUUUUUCCAUGUAAGGCUUUCACAAGUAUCAUGAUAGUAUGACAUUGGUAUCAUGGCAACACUGGAACACACACUUCAAGUGUCCUAAAGUCUGCCUGUAUAUUUGUCCGACGGCAUAUAGCACAUAAAUCCACCAAAACCUCAGGAGUCGUGACUUCCCUAAAUCAAUGGAAGAAUGUGCUUUCGCUUAUUCAAGCUCAAAUGCAUCCCUUAUUUUCCCUAAUAACAAGUUAAGAGUAUAUGCUUGUUGUUAGAAAAUAUGGUAAUGUGGCAGUUAACUACCGUGAGAUGUAUAUCACGAUCAAGAUGCACCUGAUGCUCAAAGAGUAAUUCCCCUAUUGUCUUUUUCAGGCUAUGACAUGUCAACGUUCAUAAGGAGGUAUAGUCGCUACCUGAAUGAGAAGGCUGUGUCGUAUCGACAUGUCGCUUUUGACUUUACAAAAGUGAAACGAGGGUAAGGACUUUAAUUAUCUAUUCACAUUUCCUUAUAGCAUCAGGCUCAGCUAGCAUCCUCCGUAUUGUAUAAAUACUAUACAGUCGAGUCCUGAGAAGUGUUUAGGAUAUUUUUUGGCAUAUUGCUUAUUCUUCCACAAGUGCAUAUAGUUUAGGGGUUGAUUUGGCAUCUGUGUAAGUGCAUUCUUUUAAAUUGCGUGCUUUAGUUUAGUACACACAUUCAUGACAGUCCAAAGCCAUUAGUAUUGGGCCCUUAAUGAUUGGAAAAUUAUCUUUACACAAGGGCGGAUGGCGUUAUGAGAACCAUGAACACAGAGAAGUUACUGAAGACCAUACCCAUUGUCCAAAACCAGAUGGAUGCUCUACUUGAUUUCAACGUGAGUUUUCAAUGCUUGACAUUUUGUACAUUGUUGUAUUGCUAUGGCCUAAAACUCUUCAGCUCUCAUAUGUCAAAGUAUUGCAAAAAACAUAGUCGAUGAUUGAGUAGUCGAUCUUUUAGCUCUGUCCUGUGGAUUGGGAGCUCUGUGAGUCGGACCAAUGAGUGCUCGAUGGGUUGACUGUCAAUUAAAUGAAUGUGCUUUGGAUUCCCCCUCCAUCUCCAGGUCAACGCCAACGAGCUCACCAACGGAGUGAUCAACGCGGCCUUCAUGCUUCUGUUCAAAGAUUCCAUUCGACUGUUUGCGGCCUACAAUGAAGGCAUUAUCAACCUGCUGGGUAAGUGCUUCUGCCUUCCGGCUCUCAAAAGGCUCUCUCCUGCCAAAAGCAAGUCCUUAUUGCCGUAUCAUCGUUACCAUUGAGCACUUUGAUAAUGCAAAGACACCUUUGAUGAUGCACCCUGUCUUACGGAGUUCAUACUGUAUCCCUGGCCUCAAAUGUUUACCACCACUCACUAUCAGGCUGCUCCACGCUACCAGGCUGACUUAACGGGGGCCGACCAAGGGCAGUGCUACUACUCUGUUUUGCUCUAGUGUUCUAGUUGUGCUGGGUGACAUAAGGUCUGUGUUUAUAGGUUAGGGGUUGGGUGAAUUCCCUUUUUGAACUGAGCCAUUCUAUUUGAUUUCUGAAACACAUAAAAAAAUCUAGUUUCCAAUUCUUCUCAUUCAUAUUAAAUAUGUUUCCUGAAGGGACUGUGUUAAAAUGUAAUUGAGCCCAAUGCUGGUGGAGAGACUGGUCUUUCACACAGUCUGAAUUCAACUACUCUGUGCUGGCUGUCUUUCACACAGUCUGAAUUCAACUACUCUGUGCUGGCUGUCUUUCACACAGUCUGAAUUCAACUACUUUGUAUAUCUGUGCAUGUGUGAUUUUUGUCUGUUGGGAAUGGAAAUAAUGUCUAAUGUGGGGGGGAUCAAAUUGGAGAUGAGCAAACAUCAGUGAGAGGUUUACAAGCCCCUCUGGAGAGUUUGUAUACAUCCUGCAGACAUCCACAUUUUAACUGCCAAGUUUCUGAUUUGAGAAAACCGUUACUUCUGGAAUUAUACUAUAGAAAAUUAAACCUCUCUCCCAUUCAUUUGUAAAGGCUGUUUUAAUUGUUUGAUACAGUUUAUCCUGAUUUUAUAAAAUGUCUGUUCAUACCAGAGUUUUUAUCACUGCUAUUUUGCUUCAGUUCCAGUGCUCCAUUAUAAUUUUCCUGUCUAUUCAUUUCACAGAGAAGUACUUUGACAUGAAGAAAACUCAAUGCAAGGAGGGCCUUGACGUCUACAAGAAAUUCCUCACUCGAAUGACGAGAAUCUCUGAAUUCCUCAAAGUAGCAGAGGUAAGAUCCCUCCUUUGCAAACUUCUGUGUGAUAAGAUAAUUUUUUACUCCUACAUUCACUUUUACCUCCAUGUCAUCUUGACCCUCCUCUCUUCUUCCUUUCAGCAAGUAGGGAUUGAUCGAGGGGACAUCCCAGACCUCUCCCAGGUAAGAUGCUAAAAGCAAGGUAAAAGCAAACUCUGCUGCCAGCAUCCUCACCCGCACCAGAUCAACUGAACACAUCACACCAAUACUCCACAAUCUACAAUGGCUCCCUGUGCAAUCCCGUAUUGACUUUAAGACACUCCUCCUCACCUACAAAGCCCUCCACAACCUGGCACCCACCUAACUCUCUGACCUUCUCCCAGCCUAUGCCCCCUCCCUCCGCUCUGCUGGUUUCGUUGUCACCCCCACAUUCCGCCUCUCCCCCAUAGGUGCCAGGGCCUUCAGCUGCUUGGCACACAGGCUCUGGAAAGCACUCCCCCCACACAUAUGACAUGCAGACACAGUUAUCGAAUUCAAAACCCACCCCUUAGAGAGAACUUAUAGCCUAGUGUCCAUGAUUGACUCUGUCCUUCGUAACCUAUUCCCAACCCUACCCCCUAAACUGGGUUCGUAUCCUAUUCCCAACCCUACCCCCUAAACUGGGUUUGUAUCCUAUUCCCAACCCUACCUCCUAAACUGGGUUCGUAUCCUAUUCCCAACCCUACCCCCUAAACUGGGUUCGUAUCCUAUUCCCAACCCUACCCCCUAAACUGGGUUUGUAUCCUAUUCCCAACCCUACCUCCUAAACUGGGUUCGUAUCCUAUUCCCAACCCUACCCCCUAAACUGGGUUCGUAUCCUAUUCCCAACCCUACCCCCUAAACUGGGUUUGAAUCCUAUUCCCAACCCUACCUCCUAAACUGGGUUCGUAUCCUAUUCCCAACCCUACCCCCUAAACUGGGUUCGUAUCCUAUUCCCAACCCUACCUCCUAAACCGGGUUCGUAUCCUAUUCCCAACCCUACCCCCUAAACCGGGUUCGUAUCCUAUUCCCAACCCUACCCCCUAAACCGGGUUCGUAUCCUAUUCCCAACCCUACCCCCUAAACCGGGUUCGUAUCCUAUUCCCAACCCUACCCCCUAAACUGGGUUCGUAUCCUAUUCCCAACCCUACCCCCUAAACCGGGUUCGUAUCCUAUUCCCAACCCUACCCCCUAAACCGGGUUCGUAUCCUCUACCCAACCCUACCCCCUAAACUGGGUUCGUAGCCUCUACCCAACCCUACCCCCUAAACUGUGUUUGUAGCCUCUACCCAACCCUACCCCCUAAACUGGGUUCGUAGCCUCUACCCAACCCUACCCCCUAAACUGGGUUUGUAGCCUCUACCCAACCCUACCCCCUAAACUGGGUUCGUAUCCUCUACCCAACCCUACCCCCUAAACUGGGUUCGUAGCCUCUACCCAACCCUACCCCCUAAACUGGGUUCGUAGCCUCUACCCAACCCUACCCCCUAAACUGGGUUCGUAGCCUCUACACAACCCUACCCCCUAAACUGGGUUCGUAACCUCUACCCAACCCUACCCCCUAAACUGGGUUCGUAUCCUCUACCCAACCCUACCCCCUAAACUGGGUCCGUAUCCUCUACCCAACCCUACCCCCUAAACUGGGUCCUUAUCCUCUACCCAACCCUACCCCCUAAACUGGGUUCGUAUCCUAUUCCCAACCCUACCCCCUAAACGGGGUUCGUAUCCUCUACCCAACCCCUCCAUCCCUCUUUUUAUCGGCCCUGUUUUGUCUGGUCCUUUGAUUUUAAAUUGCACUUUUAAUUGAUGCACUUGAUUUUAUGUAGGCCUACUUUUAAUGUCCUUGAGUAUCUUGAAAGGCGUUCCCCAAAUAAAAUGUAUUAUUAGUAUUUAUCCCUUUCCUCUCUCUCUGCCUGAAAGUGCAGCGGGUCUGAGACGGAGCCCUGCCGGACCCCUCAGCUUGACUUUACUUUAAACCACCCCCCCACCCCCCCUCAGUGUGCUGGCUGCCGGCCUCUCUCACCACCCUGCUACCUGCUGCAGUUUCAGACCUUCCAAAAUGCUCCACAGCUCUGUACCUAUGCACCGCUAUAGCUAUAACGCAUUGCUUGCUGGGCCCACACUGCAUGUAGCCCCGUCAUAGAGGAAAUGACAGACUCAGUCCCUGUCCGAAUACUUUCAAAAUGCUUCUUUCCUUCCUCCCUUCAAAUAAUCACAGAUCUGAUUUGGUUGGAUUGGUGAAAGCAAUAGCAAUGGGCUGAUAACCUUUCUCUCAUCUAUCCAAUCACUUCUAAGACGUGUGAUCAAGGCAGGGAGAAAGGAAGGGUGCACUUUAUUUGCAUUCGAACAGGGCCUCACUCUCCCCUGACCUUGCACGGCAUACAGCACAUAAAGGUGUCAACAUCUGCCUUUGUCAAGGGCUAUACCGAGUAGGCUAGAGCUGAGAUGAAAUGAGUGGGAGGUAAAUAAUACACCCAAGGUAUUCUAUUAUACCAUUACAUGUCACCUUUCAAGAAGGGCCACAUUUUCUAUGGGGUUAGCUAUAGGUAACUGCCAAAAUAAAGGAAACGCCAACAUAGUGUCUUAAUAGGGCGUUGGGCCCACCACGGGUUGGCAGAACAGCUUCAAUGCACCUUGGCAUAGAUUCUACAAGUGUCUGGAACUAUUGGAGGGAUGCGACGCCAUUCUUCCACAAGAAAUUCUAUCAUUUGGUGUUUUGUUGAUGGCGGUGGAAAACGCUGUCUCAGGCCCAGUUCUGGGCCCAGUUUUUCAAAAAUGAUCUAUCUGGAUUUUGCCUCUCGGAUUAAAUGCAUUGAUAUAGAAUGAAUAGAACGGGAGUCCCCAUUUAAGACAAUGAUUCGUCCCCUCUAUUCAUUCUAUUCCUAUGCAUUUAAUCCUAUCCGAUAGGUGAAAUUCAGAUCAAAAACUGGGCCCUGGUGACUGAGACACACACACACACACACACACACACACACACAGCAUAUGUUUUACUAUCCUUAUGGGGACCUAAAAUGUAUUUACACUCCUAUUUUCCCUAAACCUUACCCUAAUUCUAACCUUAACCGCUAACACUAAACCUAACCCCUAAGCCUAAAAUAGCCUUUGUCCUCAUGGGGACCUGGGAAAUGUCCCCAGGAGGGAGAAUUUUCCUUGUUUUACUAUCCUUGUGGGGAUUUCCGGUAGCCACACCCUUUAACUAAAACAAUAUAAAGUCCCCUGUUUAGGGGACCUGCAUGGUUCUGGUACCGGUUCCGACCGACAUUUCCUCUUAUAAAUGUAUCUGUGGACACCGAAGAACGAUGCGGCUUGCAUUGAGUGGUAGCCCUGAUUCUCACGGACGCAGGAGUAUGUCUAUUCUGCCUGUAUGAAGCAGGAUGUGAAAUCUGACUCCACUUGAAGCUAGGAUGUCCCUCCUACCAUUUCAUUCGCUCUUUGGACUUCAGAGAUCGGUUUUAUAGCCAGUAAUCUAAAAUGAUUUAUAGAUUUUAAACAAACACUUUGUUUGUCAUAGACGGACAAGAUUAAUAUGAGAUGAAUGGUGAGUUCGUAGCGAGUUCAGGAAGGCAAGCUAGAGCUCUGUGACGUUCACAGCGAUGUGGGCAGACGUUUUGAUCAAGAGAGACCUUUUAGAAAAUAUACACAUUUUCUCUAACAUGAAAUAUACAAAUGUAUUUUACAGUUAUAAGGAAGGUGUAAUCUUAGUUGUUUUAUAAAUUGAUUAUCAUUCAUACAGUUUUGUUGAAUAGGAAAUAAGUCAUAUAAAAUGUCAUUUGAUCAUAUUUGUACUGUUUACUUGAGCUUGUGUCCUCAAAAGUGACUACACCUCAGCAAUUUAUAACUAUUUUUACCAGAAAGGUGAGAUUGUAACCUUUCUUAGAGUAUGCAGCAUUAUUAGUUAUUGUUUAUGGCCCUCUCAUGAUAAAUAAUUACUUUUGGUGAUUACGUAGAUUACAUUUAGUUACAUUUAAGAGGAUUUAACCCCCCCCCCCCCCCCCCCCAUGGUAGCCAAAAUAAUGGGCAACUGGGUAUUUUUAUACAUGGACUGUUAAUUGCUUAAUUAACUCAGGAACCACAUCGAUGUGGAAGCACCUGCUUUUAAUAUACUUUGUAUACAUAAUUUACUCAAGGGUUUCCUUUAUUUUGGCAUUUACCUGUAUAUCUCUCACUUACAUAUCUAAUCAUAGAAUAACAAGUUUAACAUUAUGUUUUUACUUUUCUUAUGACCAUGUUCAGAUGGUGCUUUACCAAGACAAGCAGUAUUUUACAAGGUCCCUCAUUUUUGCUUUGUAUUUGGACGGUUUUGGAUUUAAAUAGAUAUUCCUUUAGUUACAGUAGGUACCUUUUUUCUCCCAAAACCUAUUUUAUUAUCUCUGACAAUUACCACCUUUAUAUUCUGUAUCUUUCCUUAACUUUCCAUCUUCAGAUAACAGUUUGUGUAAGUAUCUGUAUCUCACUCUCUUUCUGUGUUUUGUAAGCCUAGUACGUUCUCUUUGUGUGCAUUGUGAAAUAGCUGAGCAUGCUUACUGUUUGUGUUUCCGUCUGCUGUUACCUGGUUGUGAUUUUAAAAAAUGUUCCUCCAAACUUUGAACUCACUGUGUCUUUCCAUUAUCAUAGGCCCCCAGUAGCCUCUUAGAUGCCUUGGAGCAGCAUUUGGCUUCUUUAGAAGGGAAGAAGGUGAAAGAUUCAACAGCAGCCAGCAGGUAGGCCUUUUCCCUUCCCUUUGCUCACUGCCAACUGCCAGUACAAUGCAGUCCACUCAGACAAAGCCUGUUUGCUCAGACACCACAUUUAGCAAGUGGGUUUGAGUUGGAGCUGACGUGUUUGUUGGUGGGCAGCAAUCCCAACAAUAUGUUUUGUUACUGUGGUCCGAUGUAUGCUUUUCAUUUGUGUUUUGCCAGUUGUUUCCUUGAAAAUAUUGACAAAUGCACCGGGAGCUACAGUUGCAGUGUUUUUAUCUUCAAUCUAUGCAAGUCCUAUAUUGUUAAUAAUAUCAGGGGCAUUAGAUUUUUGUUUCUUUUUUGUGUCUUUUGAAUGCACUAUAAUUAUGUGCACUGACCAUCAGUGCUCAUACAGGUUUUCUGUUUAGUGUAUUAUAAAAUGGAACUAUCCCACUCAAGCAGAAAUCCUUUCUAUGUUAUGCCAACCUCCUGUUUAAUAUUGUAGCCCUCAACUAUCAAAGUGCAGUUGUAAAAAUAUGCACCACUUUCUAUUACUGAGCUUGUAGAACUCUGCUAAUGCCAGCACAGCACUUUUGACAAUUUUUCCCCCACUAACUGACCCCUGUCUCUCUCUCUCUUCCUCUUUUUCUGUCCAUCAAGGGCUAGCACACUCUCCAACGCCGUCUCCUCUCUGGCCAACACGGGCAUAUCUUUCACCAAAGUGGACGAGAGGGAAAAACAGGCAGCUCUGGAGGAAGAGCAGGCUCGCCUAAAAGCGCUGAAGGUACAUUUUCCUUCUAGUGCCCUCGCUCUCUCUGCUUAUUGCCCUACUGGGUUUAAUCUGUUCUGGCUUUUCAGCAUUUUGGGAUCUUUUUUUAGCUCAUAGGUUGUUCUCAUGAGGUCAUCAGUCAUUGCCUGAUGAUUCCAGUGACUCCCUACCGCCAUUUAAAUUAAGUUAAAAAUUAACAUUUUCAGAGCUUGUAUUUUAAUUGAUCUGGCCAGUAUACUCUAGGUAGGCCUGGGUGUUCGGUUUUGUUGAAUUUGUCCUGUUCCACUUAGGAGCAUCGUCUAAAGGAACUCCAGAAGGGGCCUUCUUUCUCUGCCACCACGGCUGCCUCCCCUGUGUCCAUGGACGGAGGGACCAUCAACACAGCACCGGCCAUCGACCUCUUCUCCACGCCCAGCUUCACAAACAGGUGAGAGCACCCAUUCUAUCCUAGCCCUUAGCCAUAUCCAUGCCACACAUGGCUGUCUCAGUCACCAGAUCUCAACCCAAUGGAACUCUUAUGGGAGAUUCUGGAGUGGUGCCUGAGACAGCGUUUUCCACCACCAUCAACAAAACCCCAAAUGAUGGAAUUUCUCCUGGAAGAAUGGUGUAGCAUCCCUCCGAUAAAGUUCCAGACACUUGUAGAAUCUAUGCCAAGGUGCAUCGAAGCUGUACUGGCUCGUGGUUGCCCAACGCCCUACUAAGACACUAUGUUGGUGUUUCCUUCAUUUUGGCAGUUAUCUGUAGUGGUUUUAUGUACCCAUGUCUACUAUUGUAAUUACAUUCUGUUAAGUACACAUCAACAUUCCAGCGCACACGCACAUUAAUGUAAAAGUGGCGGAGUUGGCCGAAAUACUAGGUUACAUGCAUAGUGCCCAGGCACUGAUAUAAUCAUAGCUCCUUGUGGAGUUUAUGGUUAUGUCCCAAAUGGCACCCUAUUCCCUAUAAAGUACACUACCUUUGACGAGAGCCCUAUAGGGAAUAGUAUCUUAUGUUUACAUUUGCUUACCCAUUCAGUUGUUUCAGAUCUUUGAGUGGGGAAUUAAUAAUAGCCUAGUGGUUGAGGUUGUUGAAUUUAGAAUGGGCAAACCUCCCCCUCAUUCCACACUAGCAAGCCACUGCUCAGUAGCUCAGGGCCUAUUCCUAGAGAAGCCAGACUAGACAGUCAGUGCUAUGUAACCGUAGAGCCAAACACUAUUAAUAGGCCUGCCCAUCUAUUCUUACACGCUCCUUCCUGUGCCUUUGCCCACCUAAUGAAACUGAUGCCAGUGGAACGCAUCUGUAGUGCCACAGCUGCACGAAUGUCAAUGUACUUCUCAAAAAUAAUCUCAUGCAUAAAUGUAAGCAUUAAAAAUAAGAAUUAUUCAAUUGUAGCUCCAACGUAAAGGUGAAUGGCAAGGGUGCUGUUGCUUAACUGCACGGCUAGAACGUAUUGCAUUCCCAUGUUAGAAGCAGAUCAUGGUAGCUGUUCAAGGAGCCUUUCUGGCUGUACAGAGGGUAUUGAUUGCAUGUGACUUUCAGAGAGACCACCGUUUCUCCCACUCGACUGCUUAAAAAUGACUGCAGAGUUUGUCUUCAGUGUGUGUGCUUAAAAUGUUUGGGAUUGUUUUAACCCUUUUUUUUGUAGGUGAGGGGUGGGAGUAAGGAAUAGGUAGAAAGUCCCCCCCCCCCCCCCCCCAUCCUCUGCUAGAUACAACUUCUACCUUGAGCGUUAUGAAAACCUUUUGAAAAGGCUACGGUAGAGUUUGGGGUUUUGCUUUUGGGAGACUGUGUCUUUUUGUCUUUUCUACUUCUCUUCCUCCUCCCCACUCAAGCACUUCCAAGGCGGCGAGCGACCUGCUGGACUUGCAGCCUGCGUUUCAGCAGCAGGCACUGCCCAUCUCCAGUGGCCUACCGACAGCCAACACAUGGGGAGGUGAGAGCUCCCGUCACACCGUGGAUGCCUGUUUUACACCCCUUAUUGACUCUACAUACAUACAGACACACACACACUCUUUCAUUGUAUUUCUCUGGGUAAACUAAUGUGAUAGGCCUGUACAAAUGUCAUAGUGGAUACAUGUCCAAGCAAGCCUGUGCCUACUUAAACAGCUUAUUAACUUAAGUUUGCUGGUGGGGGAUAUACAGUGGCUUGCGAAAGUAUUCACCCCCCCUUGGCAUUUUUCCUAUUUUGUUGCCUUACAACCUGGAAUUAACCAGAUUUUUUGGGGGGGGGUUUGUAUCAUUUGAUUUACACAACAUGCCUACCACUUUGAAGAUUCGAAAUAAGACAAAAAAACAGAGAACUUGAGCGUGCAUAACUAUUCACCCCCCCCCCCCCCCCAAAGUCAGUACUUUGUAGAGCCACCUUUUGAAGUAAUUACAGCUGCAAGUCUCUUGGGGUAUGUCUCUAUAAGCUUGGCACAUCUAGCCACUGGGAUAUUUGCCCAUUCUUCAAGGCAAAACUGCUCCAGCUCCUUCAGGUUGGAUGGGUUCCGCUGGUGUACAGCAAUCUUUAAAUGAUACCACAGAUUCUCAAUUGGAUUGAGAUCUGGGCUUUGACUAGGCCAUUCCAAGACAUUUAAAUGUGUCCCCUUAAACCACUCGAGUGUUGCUUUAGCAGUAUGCUUAGGGUCAUUGUCCUGCUGGAAGGUGAACCUCAGUCCCAGUCUCAAAUCUCUGGAAGACUGAAACAGGUUUCCCUCAAGAACUUCUCUAUAUUUAGCGCCAUCCAUCAUUCCUUCAAUUCUGACCAGUUUCCCAGUCCCUGCCGAUGGAAAAACAUCCCCACAGCAUGAUGCUGCCACCACCAUGCUUCACUGUGGGGAUGGUGUUCUCGGGGUGAUGAGAGGUGUUGGGUUUGCGCCAGACAUAGCGUUUUCCUUGAUGGCCAAAAAGCUCAAUUUUAGUCUCAUCUGACCAGAGUACCUUCUUCCAUAUGUUUGGGGAGUCUCCCACUUGCCUUUUGGCGAACACCAAACGUGUUUGCUUAUUUUUUUCUUUAAGCAAUGGCUUUUUUCUGGCCACUCUUCCGUAAAGCCCAGCUCUGUGGAGUGUACGGCUUUAGGUGGUCCUAUGGACAGAUACUCCAAUCUCUGCUGUGGAGCUUUGCAGCUCCUUCAGGGUUAUCUUUGGUCUCUUUGUUGCCUCUCUGAUUAAUGCCUUCCUUGCCUGGUCCGUGAGUUUUGGUGGGUGGCCCUCUCUUGGCAGGUUUGUUGUGGUGCCAUAUUCUUUCAAUUUUUUAAUAAUGGAUUUAAUGGUGCUCCGUGGGAUGUUCAAAGUUAUUGAUAUUUUUUUAUAACCCAACCCUGAUCUGUACUUCUCCACAACUUUGUCCCUGACCUGUUUGGUCUUUAUGGUGCCGCUUGCUUGGUGGUGCCCCUUGCUUGGUGGUGCCCCUUGCUUAGUGGUGUUGCAGACUCUGGGGCCUUUCAGAACAGUUGUAUGCAUGUAUGUAUGCAUGUAUAUGUGUGUGUGUGUAUGUAUGUAUGUAUGUAUGUAUGUAUGUAUGUAUGUAUGUAUGUAUGUAUGUAUGUAUGUAUGUAUGUAUGUAUGUAUGUAUGUAUGUAUGUAUGUAUGUAUGUAUGUAUGUAUGUAUGUAUGUAUGUAUGUAUGUAUGUAUGUAUGUAUGUAUGUAUGUAUGUAUGUAUGUGUAUGUAUGUAUGUAUGUAUGUAUGUAUGUAUGUAGUUGUAUGUAUGUAUGUAUGUAUGUAUGUAUGUAUGUAUGUAUGUAUGUAUGUAUGUAUGUUGAUAUGUAUGUAUGUAUGUAUGUAUGUACUGUAUGUAUGUAUGUUGUAUGUAUGUAUGUAUGUGUAUGUAUGUCUGUAGUUUAUGAUGUAUGUAUGUUAUGUAUGUAUGUAUGUUUAUGUAUGUAUGUAUGUAUUUGUAUAUGUAUGUAUGUAUGUACUGAUGUGAUGUAUGUAUGUAUGUAUGUAUGUAUGUAUGUAUGUAUGUUGUUGUUGUAUGUUGUAUGUUGUUGUUGUAUGUUGUAUGAUGUUGUAUGUAUGUAUGUAUGUAUGUAUGUAUGUAUGUAUGUAUGUAUGUAUGUAUGUAUGUAUGUAUGUAUGUAUGUAUGUAUAUAAUGGUGGACUUUAUUUAACUAAUUAUUUGACUUCUGAAGGUAAUUGGUUGCACCAGAUCUUUAGGGUCUUCAUAGCAAAGGGGGUGAAUACAUAUGCACGCACCGCUUUUCCGUUAUUUAUUUCAUUCCACUUCACCAAUUUGGACUAUUUUGUGUAUGUCCAUUACAUGAAAUCCAAAUAAAAAUCCAUUUAAAUUACAGAUUGUAAUGCAACAAAAUAGGAAAAACGCCAAGGGGGAUGAAUACUUUUGCAAGGUACUGUAACUUGUGUAUUUGACCUAACUCCUGAAAGCUAUUGGUGAACUUGAAUUAGAAAUUGGGUGGUAAGGCCGCUCUCUUAAUAUCAGCUAAAGUCGAUCAACAGUUAAAUCACAGUUAGGUAGUUUGCUAGACAAACUGUCAGCAACUCUGGCCCAUUUGUAUCAUGACUGUAAACUUAUUUAUUCAUAGUAUUAUUCAAGUUAUUAAUUUACCUGAUUGCUAUGACACCUUUUGUCCUUCAUUCAUUACAUUUUAGUCAUUUAGCAGACGCUCUUAUCCAGAGCGACUUACAGUUAGUGAGUGCAUACAUUUUCAUACUGGCCGCCCGUGGGAAACGAACCCACAACCCUGGCGUCGCAAGCGCCAUGCUCUACCAACUGAGCUACAGGGGAGCUACACUUGACUGUUCCGGUUGUCAUUCAUGGCAUUGGUAUUUAAACUUCAUGACGGAGGUGCCAAAUUAAGAGGCACCUUUAUCUUGAGUGCCUUGUAAUGUUGUGUGUGCUUUGGAAUUCAGGGUCUUGUGUCAAUGGAAAGUAAAUAAUGAUAAGGUUGAAAUGAUUAGAUACAAACCAACCUAACUGUGUUUGUCUUUUCACUUACAAAUACACCAAGUUUGGUGUCCCUCAACUAAAAACAUUGUUCUUUGUUGUGUUUUAUUCUAAUACUGUAGUCAUUGAGGGAGUGGUGGUUCUCUCAUACUGUGACAUACAGUGUGAAUUUACUGUUACUUUUUGCCGGUCCUGCAAAGUUCCAGGUUUUUAUAGUUUUAUCAAGUAUACUUUUUAAAAACCUUUACAACAAAUGUGCUGCAUUGGUUCAAUUUUAAUAUUUGGUUUCCAGAUGUACUUGUCAGAAGAACUAGUGGAUACCAUUUGUAUGUUUCUGUGUCUAGUAUGAAGGAAGUUAGAGGUACUUUCGCAAGCCAAUGCUAACUAGCGUUAGCGCAAUGACUGGAAGUCUAUACCCAUAGACUUCCAGUCAUUGAACUAAUGCUAGUUAGGACUGGUUCGCGGAAGUACCUCUAACUUCCUUUAUACUGGACACAGAGACAUAAAAAUGGUAUCCACAAGUUCAUCUGACUCUGGGGAAGUAGAUAAAGGGCCUCUGCCAAAAUCCCGACGUGUCCCUUUUAAGGCGCUGUCUUUGUUUCAUGUCAAGUGAACAUUUUGGACUGGUGCACAUGUUUAGUAUAUAGCCUUUGGUGUAAACACACUAUGGGGUUAGAUGCAUGUGAUGAAAGAACCUGCUUCAUGUCAAAUAUUGCUUGCUAUAGCUUAGAUACAAUUAUUGUGACUCUGGGUGACAACAUAAGGCUGUUUUAUCUCCUUGCAAUGAUACUUUGAGUAUUUGUGAUACGAAAACUCACAGUUCAUGAAGAAUUCUGGCAUGGGAUUUAUGUUCUGCCGCACCCUGUGUUGUGUUUCUGCACGCUUCGUUUAACCUGACUCAUCGUCCUCUACUAACAUCUCCCGGUUCUCUUCUUCUGUUUGUUCCCUUUGCCUGUGUAGAUCCUUUCAUUUCUACAGAAGCUGUCUACGACUCCAUUCCAAACUUUAACCCUUUCCUAUCACACCCUGUUGUUGAUGCUGUCCAUCUACCUGUUGAAUCUUCCGAUGGUGUUAGUUCUAGGACACCCAGUCAUGAAAUGUUUGGUGGUAAACACAUUUUUUCUUUAUUUCUCUAUUAUGGUGGUGUUGUCAAAUUGUGCCCAUUGUCAUAUUCAGCCUGCAUGCACCAUUAUGCCCUCUUUCUCCUAGUAUUUCCAACUCAAGCUGUGUGGGUGCAUGUGGUUGUGUUUACAUACGGUAUAUGAUGUAGUGGUUUGGCGCUACCAACGUUCUUUCAGGAAUCAGGUGCUUAUCGGAGACAUUGUAGAUCCUUGGUAUUCCAAAUAAGGAAAGGUGAAAGCAUCUCCCAUAAAUGACCUCACCAACAAUGUUUUAAGUUCAUGGUGCUCUUUUAUUUUUAAAAAGCUGAUGCAUUUCGACCGUGUGGUCUUUGUCAAUUGCUAGCACCAUUACCUAAAACCCUUACAGUAUAUUAUUUGCUUUGGUUUGACUGUGUGCCAUGAUGACACAAGAUUUACAUUCACUCUGUUUCCUUACCCAUGUAUGUUCAUAGCAUAUAAUGUAACAUAAGACUUCUGUCACUUGUUUUUGAAUUUUUAAAGUGAUAAGGAAAACAAUCACAUUGUUGCUUGAAUUUUAUAUUUAUUUUGUAUUAUAUUUUUGAUUCUCCAGAUCAUUACAAUCCCUUUAUUGAUUCGAGCACCUCCAUUGCAUCUGAUCAUGAGCACACAGUGCGGAUAGAGCAGUUUAUCUCAGGUACUAUGAUGGGGAAUCCAACUGACCUAUGUUUUCUGGAAACAUAGGACCCUGAACCUACGCCGGGUUCAUGUUUGCUCUAGUCUACUUGCUUUCCUGAUUGCCGUUUGCUUUUAGUGCUAGUGUUUUGCGUUUGGCUUUUUGAAGAAUUCCUUCCUUUUCACAAACUGCUCUGCUAGAUUUUACUUUUCAAUUUUGACUAUCUUCUUCUGCACGUACUUUUCUGGAACUAUACUUUUCAUUCAUCUUGUUUCUCAACGUGCCUUCUAAAACCCCCUCUGUUUGCUGUCCAUUCCUCCUGCUUGGCUCUGGUUGUGUGUCAGACUCCUUCUGUGGGCCAGCAUCUUACCCUACCACUCCUCUCUUUCAAUCUGAGCCCCCCGCUGUAGCAGGUCUAUUUGGAGGUAAGUACCUGGGGCUUGCCAUUCCUACUGUCCCCUUGUCUUAUCUCUGGCCCGAAAAGAAAACUUGGGUGUACAGAAUAGAUUUGAAUGGACAAGAAGGGUGUCCGCAAGAUGGCUGAAGAUGGUGGAACCAUCAUACUUAAGUUAACAAGUGAAAGAAAUACUUCCAUUUUGCACCAGAAAGCUUGAUUAAUGCCUCAACUAAUAUCAGCCCCCAACCCUCUUCUGCUUCCUUUGACCCAGGGUUCUCAGCAUCUCCCACCCCGCAGCCUCAGACCGCCAGAGGCCUUAAUGUCGACUUUGACUCUGUGUUUGGUAACAACGUGGACUCUGCUGGUAAAGAUCACACAUCCCCCUACCUCUCCCAACUCCCUAUCCCUCUCAUCACAUGCACAAGCUCCACAUAGAAGUUACCCUUAGGCACAGCUCAAGGAUCAGCUUACCCUCUCCUAAUUCGAACCUUAACCAUCAGGGGGGAAUCACAAAGCUGAACUUAGAACAGUGUCUAGGGGCAACAUAAUGCUUCUCCCAUGGGCGCCACAUCCACUCUGCUGCCCACUGGGUCCAACUCGCCUCAUGACUGGUGGCAACUCACCUCAUGGGCCAUCGCAGUGCUUGGGGAUUGGAUGUUUUGGAAAUUACUUCAAUAUACUUGCAGCGAGUGCUUGAUCAAUGAUUGAGAAAAUUUACCACCAUGAAAUAUGGGCAUGAAUGAUUUGCUUCAAAGUUUUCCAAAAUAAGUACCGGUAUUCAUGAUUAUGUUAGAUAUUUUUUUGGUGCUAUUUUGGAUGGGAAAGCACAGACUUCCCUCAGGGAUUCACAUGCACUAUUUUCAAUUACUUGUCCGUCAUUCGAGACAUGGCGGGUUUCAGAACUGGCAAGGUCUGCUAUAGUGCCUUUUGAGCUUCUUUAGCUAGCACUUCUUGAAGUCUUUCACUGCCGGGGCCUGCAACAUGGCAGUUUGUCAUGAAUAGAACCCAAAGACUCAGGGUACUGCUUUCCUCAGCAUUACACUGUAACAUAACACAACAAAACUAUAUUUUGGUAUUUGUUUCAUUCAUAUUGAUAUAGUCCCAGAAUGUUUUGCAUGUCAGCAAUCAAGUUUUCAAGAUGUAUAACUUUCAAAAUACAGCCAGUAUUAGUACUUGGUCCAUUUUUAUUACAACUGUCUCCAAGAUAAAGCACUUUCUGGAAAUCAAAAACAUUCCAUGAUACAUCAUAGGAUGUAAAAUGCAUGAUUUUUACGUUUUUUAGUAUAUUAUUCCUUUAAAGUCCAGCUAGUCAUUUUAUUCCUCCAUCACAUUGUCUAAUCUUGCAUGAUCUUUAAGGAAAAUGGAAGAGCUUAGGAAAUUAGUAUUGGCACUAUUUCAAUCUCUCUCAAUAUAGCCUACUGCCCCUGAGUAGUUAUGCCUAUGGAGUCAUAAGCACGUCACCGAUGGGUGCAUUUGGCAGCAAAGUGCCUUUUGGUGCUCAAUAAAGUUUUAGUGAAGAGCAGAGAAUGUACACAUGAAUGUAAUGUGUGGAUUUUGGGGCGCUUCGCUCACAAUCUCACCAAUGUUUUGUUUCUCUCCCUUGUUCAUUGGGUGAACACACUUUGGGCCUUGGCUUUUGCAUGGCAUAUGCAUGACUGGGUGAGUUGACUACAUACUCCUUAGUCCUGGUCAGCCAGCAACUUCAUUGUAAUUUUCACAUGCGACACCUGCUUCCCAUUUUGCUCACGUUAACCAACAUCCUCUUACCUGUUUCGUCUCUGGUGUUGUGUGUCGUUGUUGUGUGUCGUCUGUGGCGUUCUUUUACUACCUUGUUUUUACUCUCCUACCCUCCACCCUGCCCCCUUUUUUCUUUUAAAACGAUGUUUUAGGUGGCAUCCUCAUACCCACAGUGGCCUCCUCGCCCAGCCAGGUGCUAACCCCCUGCGGGCAGCAGCCUGGGAAGCUUGUGUCUGAUGACCUGGACUCGUCCUUGGCCAACCUUGUGGGCAGUAUGUAUCAUUAACAUGCUUCUUAGACCUUUCUCCCACUUUACUAUACUGGUCCACUGCAUAUGUGCUAUUGAUGGAUACUCAACAUUUUUAGCUGACCAGCUUCCAGAUGAAGUGUCACAUGCCAGCUUUAUUGGACACUGUCAAGUCAGUGGCUCUAUGCACUCAACUGACAAUGCAUUCUCUUUCCUUUUCAGAUUUGGGAAUUGGCAAUGGUGUGGCAAAAAAGUAAGAAUGCAAUGAUAACUAAACUGGAAUCACUUUUUUUUACAUUUUAGUCAUUUAGCAGACACUCUUAUCCAGAGUGACUUACAGUUAGUGAGUGCAUACAUUUUCAUACUGGCCCCCUGUGGGAAACGAACCCACAACCCUGGCGUUGCAAGCGCCAUGCUCUACCAACUGAGCUACAGGGGACUUUUAUUUACCAUACUGAUGUGGCAGUUAAAUGAAAAUAAUUAACAUUUCAAAUAUUUAUUUAGUGAUAUUCAUUGGAGUCAGCCUGGUGAGAAGAAGUUGACAGGUGGAAACAAUUGGCAACCAAAGACUGCUCCCUCUACCACAUGGAACCCUGCCACC